UAGUUGCUUCAACUUGAACUCGAUCGUUGAGAAAAUGGGUUCUUCUUUAUGGACUCUGUGUCUGAUUCUGGCAUCACUAGCCUCCGCUGCAAUCUCUGCCACCCCCCGGAGGCCGGUGGCUGUUCCGUUCGGCCGAAACUACGUCCCCACAUGGGCUUUUGAUCACAUCAAAUACUUCAAUGGAGGUUCUGAUAUUCAACUUCUUCUUGACAAGUACACUGGCACUGGCUUCCAAUCCAAAGGUUCAUACUUGUUUGGUCACUUCAGCAUGGACAUUAAAAUGGUUCCUGAUGAUUCAGCUGGCACAGUCACUGCUUUCUAUUUAUCUUCCCAAAACUCGGAGCAUGAUGAGAUAGACUUUGAGUUCUUAGGUAACAGAACAGGACAGCCUUACAUUUUGCAAACAAAUGUGUUCACCGGAGGAAAAGGUGACAGAGAACAAAGAAUCUUUCUCUGGUUUGAUCCCACUAAAGCCUUCCACAGAUACUCUGUUCUCUGGAAUCUGUAUCAGAUUGUGUUCUUUGUGGACAAUAUCCCAAUCAGGGUGUUCAAGAACAGCAAGGACUUGGGUGUGAAAUUCCCAUUUGACCAGCCAAUGAAGAUCUACAACAGUUUGUGGAAUGCAGAUGAUUGGGCCACAAGGGGUGGUUUGGAGAAAACAAAUUGGUCCAAAGCUCCAUUUUUAGCUUCUUACAAAGGGUUCCACAUUGAUGGGUGUGAGGCCUCUGUGAAUGCCAAGUUCUGUAACACACAGGGAAAGAGAUGGUGGGACCAGCCGGAGUUCCGCGACCUUGACGCGGCACAGUGGCGGAGGCUCAGGUGGGUGCGUAGGAAAUACACCAUCUACAACUACUGCAAUGAUAGGCAACGCUUCCCACAACGUGCCCCUGAAUGCAGCAGAAACCGUGACUAGAAUUUUAAAUUUAAUUAAUUUCAUAUGCUACAUAUAUAUUUAUUUUUAUUAUUGCUGUACCAUAAGUUUUCUCCUUAUUGUAUGAAUCAUUUAUCGUAAAUUUGUAUCAUUAUAUAUUUUAUUGCUUAAGCUAUUUGAUUAAAUGAUUAUGGAAGGGGAGGUUGAACACAGAUGAGCCUCCAUUUAUAUAUCUGUAUUUUUAAUUAUUAUUAUUCUUAUUCCUAA